UCAAUUAACGCUAAACCCACAAUGAGAAGAGACGAAGUACAACUUUAUUGACAAAUGCGCUGUACGUGCAACAUACAGCACAGAUUAAAUUUCUUCCCUCUCAAAUAGACAAGACAACAAGAGCUGCCAUCAAAAGAACAGUUAACGUAAAAUGACAAAAUAAUACAACUCACUAUAUUCGGCACACCCGAGCUAACUGUACUCCAACCAACAGGUGGCGAUAAUGCUCUACUGUUAAUACACGAAGAGCACAUACACGGAACGGAAGUUCCAUAUUUAUUUACGGAAGUAAAGUAGAUUACGCCCCCCGCCCCCAGAAAAAAAGUGUGGAUUUUGUAAUUUACUCUUGAUUCUUUGUCACUCUAACCGUGCAAGCCACGCUAAAAUGACCGCCGCCAAUCCUCCAGGCUUUCCCACCAACACCCGCGUUGCCAUCCUGGCCGAGUUGGACAAGGAGAAGCGGCGGCUGCUUCAGACUCAAUCCUUGAGCGAUCCCGGGGCCAACACGCCAUUGACCUGCAGAGGCGGCGCGACGAAGGACGCGAAGGAAAGCGCGGAGCUGCAGCACAUCGCAGCCCAGCAGAAGGCCGCCCUCCAGCACGCCCACGGACACUCGUCCGGCUUCUUCAUCACCCAAGAUUCGGCGUUCGGCAACCUCAUCCUCCCGGUGCUUCCACGCCUGGAGCCGGACUUGUAAUCGCCUCCUUCAACUUGUUGGACAGUACGAACUCGUCCGUAUCAUGUUCACAUGUCAAAUAUUUAAUGUUGUAAUAAAUAAUAAUGGUGCCUUGAGGAAUUACUGGCAGUCGUGCUUUUGUUUUCCUA